GCGGGGGCAGCUGUGCGCGCUGGCCGCCCUGGCCCUGCUGCUGGCCGGCUGCGCGGCCGGGCGCGGCGGUUAUGACGCCCUGAGCUAUUCUGUGGAAAACAGCGACAAGUGGAGUGGGCGGCAGCUGCUGCAAGCACAUGAGCAGAACGUGACUGACGUCCCAGAGGAUGGGGGGCAGCUCUACGUCAGGAAUUGCACCGAGCCAGCUCUCCAUGAAUUCCCCAAUGACAUCUUCACGAACGAGGACAGGAGACAUGGAGCUGUGGUCCUGCACGUCCUCUGUGCCGUGUACAUGUUCUACGCGCUGGCAAUUGUCUGCGAUGACUUCUUCGUCCCUUCGCUGGAAAAGAUCUGCGAACGCUUGCAUCUUAGCGAAGAUGUGGCUGGGGCGACUUUCAUGGCAGCAGGAAGCUCCGCUCCCGAGCUGUUCACAUCUGUCAUAGGUGUUUUUAUCACAAAAGGAGAUGUAGGCGUUGGAACCAUCGUGGGCUCGGCUGUAUUCAACAUCCUCUGUAUUAUUGGCGUGUGUGGGCUUUUUGCAGGACAGGUUGUUGCACUGUCGUCGUGGAGUCUCUUGAGAGAUUCAAUCUACUACACACUGUCUGUUGUUGCACUCAUCGUGUUUAUUUAUGAUGAAAGAGUUUCCUGGUGGGAGUCCUUAGUCUUAGUGCUGAUGUAUGUCAUCUACAUCUUUAUAAUGAAGUACAACUCAACCAUACAUCACUGCUUUGAGAGGAAGACAAAAAACUCUGCAAAUAUGGUGAACGGUUUAGCAAGUAACACGGAAAUGGACGACAACAGCAACUGCGAUGCCACAGUGGUGUUACUAAAGAAAGGUAACUGUUCCAGAAAUUUCCACCGUAAAGCCUCAGUGAUCAUGGUUGAUGAGCUGCUCUCUGCCUACCCACACCAGCUUUCAUUUUCCGAGGCUGGGCUCCGGAUCAUGAUAACCAGCCAUUUCCCUCCCAAAACACGUCUCUCCAUGGCCAGCCGCAUGUUAAUCAAUGAGAGACAGAGGCUGAUCAACAGCAGGACUUACACCAAUGGUGAGUCAGAAGUAGCAAUCAAAAUACCCAUCAAGCACGUGGUGGAGAAUGGAACAGGCCCCAGCAACUCCGCGGAGCGGGGCGUGAACGGCACACGGCGAGACGAGGACGUGGCCGAGGCCGGGAACGAGAACGAGAACGAGGAUAACGAGAACAAUGAAAACGAUGAGGAAGAGGAAGAAGAUGAUGAUGAUGAUGAUGACCAUGAAGGGCCAUAUACACCUUUUGACCUACCCACUGGCAAGAUAGAAAUGUUGAAGUGGGUCUUCACAUGGCCCUUGAGUUUUGUCCUGUACUUCACAGUGCCCAACUGUAACAAACCCCACUUGGAAAAAUGGUUCAUGGUUACCUUUGCUUCUUCUACCCUGUGGAUUGCAGCUUUUUCUUACAUGAUGGUGUGGAUGGUGACAAUCAUUGGGUACACACUGGGAAUUCCAGACGUGAUCAUGGGCAUCACUUUCUUGGCAGCAGGAACCAGCGUGCCAGACUGCAUGGCAAGCCUUAUCGUGGCCAGGCAAGGUAUGGGGGAUAUGGCCGUGUCCAACUCCAUCGGAAGCAAUGUUUUUGAUAUUUUGAUUGGCCUAGGCCUUCCAUGGGCUUUGCAGACCCUAGCAGUGAACUAUGGAUCAUACAUUCGGUUAAACAGCAGAGGACUUAUCUAUUCUGUUGGUCUCCUGCUGGCAUCAGUUUUUGUCACAGUUUUUGGUGUCCACGUGAACAAAUGGAAACUGGAUAAGAAGCUAGGGUGUGUGUGCCUUUCCCUUUACGGCAUCUUCCUGUGUUUCUCCAUCAUGACAGAGUUCAAUGUUUUCACUUUUGUGAACUUGCCAAUGUGCAGAGAUCACUAACGCAGGUGGCAGACUGUCAGGAGGAGCUUCCUUUUUACCUGUGCAAUACAAGCCACGGCUGGCAUCUCCUGGAUGCAGUGCACCUCCAAGUCGUGACCUAUAUCCUGUUCACUGUUCAUAGGACCUGUGGCCCCAUCUAGGUUUGUCCUCUCCCUGGCCCCCACAGCCCGGAGCAAUCCUUCGUCGAUGUGAAGAGUUCUUUUCAACAUUCGUGUGAUUUCCUAGCUCAGUUUUUGAACAGUGUGACUGGGACUCAAGAUGAACUGGCUGCUAACUGGCGUUAAGCCAGUCAAAACUAGUCUGCUACAAUUCCUUCUUUUUUUAAGUUAUUUGAUGGAAGACUAAUUAAUUUAUGACUUAAGACUAUUGCUACAGUGCAGAAGAGGGUACGUCGUAUGGAGGUUGACUUUCAAGGAGAAUCAUGGGAAUUUUUUUUUGGUUGUGGGGGGUGUUUUUUUUGUUUUGUUUGUUUUUAGUUUUUAGUUUUGGGUUUGCAGGUUUUUUUGUUUGUUUGGGGGGUGGGGGUGUUGUUUUUGUUCUUUUUUUUUUUUACUUGCCAGAGAUCAACGUCCUCUCUUGCAUCUUCUCCUUCUGAGUGCUGGGUCUCAAUCCUGUAACAAUCCAAAGGCCACAGGGCAGUGUAAAAUGGAAAUGCAAUUCAAGGUACUCAGCAUAAGAAUGGAUAAAAGAAGAUUGUCGAGGAAAAAACUGAUGACUUUUUACUAUAAAUAGUUAACCUUGUACAGGUGUGAUGAGGAAUGCCAGCUAAAUGUGGAUUCAAAGGGUAAACACCGCUACCAUUUUACUAUGAAUGUUGGAGUUUUAUUUAUUAGGGCGUUUGUUAUUUCCAAGCAAUAGUUUGAUCGACAGCCCAGGAGGGCUGCCAAGGAGGUGUCCUGGUUUUUAAUGAUCUGCGUGUGGAAAUGGAAGGUCAGAACUUUCUCUCCUUCAUCAGAUUUUUUGUUUUGGGGGGAUUCAAUAGUUCAUGUCUUAUUCGUUCUGAGAAGGACGUAAGUACAUGUCAAAACUUUUCUAAAUGAGUUGCAGACACUGGUUUCUUUAAGAGGAAAGAGGCAUAUUUUGCACAGACAUAGUUACUGAAGUCAUAAUUUGCCAUUCUUUAAAGAAUACACUGGACCUGGCCAGAUAUUUGUCGUCUUUAGCAGUUGAAUUUACCUGAUAACAGAUCAUGUGGAUUCAUCACCCCUCCUUUGGGAGGGGGGAAGACACAGACAGAGAUGGCACAUUUUAAAAUGUGGAAUAUCUUCAAUGCAGACUCGCUCACAGAUCUUAAGUUAUUGUGAAAGUUUAGCUAUUCAUUGUUCCAAUAUCCCUGCUAGAUUUUGUAUAAUUCUGUAUUAAUACGCAGGCAGAUUCCGCCCCCUGAGAAACACCAUCACUGCUUCAUUUGUAUGUAUUGAUACUGUGGGUUCUUGCCACUGCAGCUCUUGUAUUUACUUUAAGCACUGAUCACUUCUGAUCCAUUUGGUAUGUUUUUUCCUCUUGUAUAUGUUCUACUAUGAAAUGUAUUAAGAGACUACCAGCUAGGUUUUGUCUAUGGUACAAACAGUGGCAAAUAAUAGUAAAGGUACAGCUAACCCUACGUAACAGAAAGAAAGGAAAAAAACCCAAAACACCAAACCCUAAACUAUAGCAGGAAAUGAAAGAGCUCCAGUUUAAAAGAAAAAAGAAGAGAGCCACGUUCUGUUCACAGAUGAAAAGCCAACUUUUAUUUCAUUUGCACUUUCGGAAGGGAUUUUUCCAGUCUGGUUUCCUUUGGGCAAAAUGUUGUAAGUGAAAAUAUUUACACCCUGUGGUUUCCAUUCAGCUCAGCACCUGGUUUUCUUUGUUUGUUACACCAAACACGUGGAGGCACUGGCAGCUCUUGCACUGUGCGUGGCAGCGAAGUCCUGUGGAAAAAGCCACGUCCCGUUGGCCUCGCUCGGGGAGCAACGUGUGCCGGUGGAUCCCUGGCAAGAAGAAGGAAGGGUCCAGGGACAGGCAGCAGAGAGAGUCGAUGACGUGCCUGCAUCGCCAUUUUUCAUCCUGGAAAGCGUUUGUGUUGCUGCUUGUUGAGCCCUGCAGCUGUGGUUUGAGCAGCCUUCUCGUACCUGUGCCCGCAGGACAUCCUCUUGCGCUAGGAAGCCCACUGUACCUUCCUGUCGUUGGGUCUUUGUUUCUUUUGUCGUUGUUCUUAAUGAGAUGAAUAAUAAUAAUAACAACCACUAAAAUGCCUAAAAUACUUCCUUAAGUGAAAUGAUGUUUGCAACAGUGUGGCACGCGUCACUAAAGCCACCCCACAAACACGCAGCUCUGUUCUCAUAGCGAGAUGCGGUAGCUCCUAAGCAGAGUGUGUGUCCUUGCUGAUAAGUGGAAGGAAAAAAAGGAGAGAAGUUCCAUAUCAGGGCCUAUUAUUACUUCUAUUUUGAAUAUUUAUACUGCUGCUCCAAUGGAGCCAGUUGGAUCUAUUUCUGCGAAAUAGCCAUUACCUAUCCCAUGGCACAAAAACUGCACAAGUAUUUUUUAGGAACUUUUCCUACUGGUGUGCAUUAAAUACUGUAGUAAUUGUGUAGUUUUGUGUUGUGUGUAAAACCUGAAAUACCUUGCUUUGAUACUUGUGUAUGUUCCCAGAAUGUUCUGCGAGUCGCUUGUUCUAAGCAGAAGCAAAAGGUACCUGGAACUGCCGUUACCUGUGCCACAGGAGAAUUGAUAAGCAUGUCCUAGAGCGAUGCUUCCUGCCAGAUGCGCUUCUGAUUUGCAGCUAAACCGUCAGGUCCAGGCCUGGUUUGGAACAGAGCAGACCGACUGAAUGUGCGUAGCGGUGCCGGAGGGAGCGUGCCUCUCACGUGUGGCAGCACAGUCACAGCCUGUGCAAAAGGCCCCAAGGCAAAAAACCGGCAAUUUUUGGCAUCCUUCCUGUACGCCGGCUCCAAAAGUCGCGUGGACGGUUCUAUUCCGAUGCCGUGCAGACUCAGAGCUUUACUGGGCCUUGCAGAGCACUGAGUCUCCCAGAGGCUCUCUCCCUCCCAGGGGUUCUCUCCUCCCGAGGUUGGACUCUGGAGGACAGCCAGCACCUGGCUUCAGCGUCCCCAUGGGAGGCUCUGCUGUGCCCACAGCUGCCCGAGCUGUGAGCCACCUCCGGCUCAGGAGCCAGCUGGGGGCUGGGGGUGGCUGCUCCAGGGGGAAAGGAGGGAGCUGAGGGGCUCUGAGGCCCGGGGUUGGGGCUGCACGGAGCCACCAGUGAAGCAGUGUUGUGUUGGGCUUUUUUAGCAUGACUGUGAUUCAUUUGCAGUUUUAAUCUUCCGAAAGCAAGGAUCACCUUCGCAUCUGAGGCUGCUCCGGUUUUUGGACCAGUCAACUGUUUUUGUUUCCAUUCCUAGCAAUUUCAGACGAUCUUUAAUGACUAUUUCAAAGGGAGAUUAAAGAGCCUUUUCCUCCGUGGAGACGCUUCACUGCAGUUCUGACUUUGACUUAAGUAUGUGAUCCUUGGCUGGCUUCAGAUCUGCCUGACAUGGAUGGCCUCCUUUCGAAGGCAGAAUGAUAGGAUAGGGUAUGAUAACAGAUGGUUUUAAGACAUGCUAGGAAAACUGCUUUUGUCCUUACCAAGGGUCAAUUUUUUACUUGCCUUUUUUCCCCCCCAUUUUUCUUUUUAUUUUUGUUUUUCAUGUGCUGCACUUCUUGAUAGACUUUUUCUGUGAUAGGAACACCAAUCCGAAAUGUGUGCAUGGGAGAUUUUUUACUUGCAUAAUUUGUUGGUUUUGCUGUGAUGUCACUUGCAUGCUUAGUUUCCAGCUCUCUGUCCUCAGCAGUGUCACUGAAAUCAACUGAUUACCUUUGGAUUUGUGAUGGUGGUGCUCGUGGAGAACGAGGGGCAGGACUGGCAUUUUUUCUUGGCGAAACAAAUCAGGUAGAAUGGCAGUCUAGUUUAGAAAAAACAACAUUCAAGGCAGGUGGAGCAACCUAAAGGUAACGUUUAAUACCCUGCUGUCAGAACAGGGCUUUUUAUAUGUCUUUUCCAAAUACCCCUAUUGAUACUUGUGAGUUAGAAUGUAAAUUGAAUAUUGUUGAACAACUUUUUAGAAAACCAUAGCUUUCUGCUGAUUGACAAAGGUUUCUUAUAUUAAGAUUUUUUGGAAACUCUAAUCCUUUCAAUUAAAAUUCACAGAGAUGCGAUAGUGUGACGUUUACCUGUUUCAAAGUUACACCACUGGAGCUUUAAACUUGUUUAAAAAUAAACUUUAAAAAUCAAUCUCAGUGGACCAUGCUUACCUAGAUUCAAAUCUGCCUUGUACUUACAAAGUUCCACUUGAUCAGCAGCCACUGCAAGUCUGUCUGAAGGAGACUUAAAUCUGGGUAAGAAUGUCCCUUUUAGGUUGGCACAACUUUAACUUUUAAAGCCAUGUUUUUAAGGGAAUUUAAACAGUUUAAACCCAUGGUUUUCAGGAAAGCAAUGGAGCUUUGAAUAUUUUGAAAGACCUCAGCCACUUCAGAUUUAAGGAGCUGCAGAGUCUGAGUGUGCUGAAUGGAUGUACCAAGCCAAGUGCAAGGCUUAGUUUCAGGAAGAGAGUUUUCAGUAUUCAGGGACUUGAGUGAAAUCUGACCUUUGUGAAACCAGGGGCAGAACCCCAGUGACUGUUGUAGGGUCAGUGAUGUGUUUGUAGCAGUGAGUCCCGGAAGGGACGCUGCAUUUUUUUGGGUGAGUGACCUUUUUUUUUCUUACCUGAAAAGAUAAAUGACUAUUAAUUUAAUAAGGCCAAGCACCUUUAAGGGAAUUUACAUGAAUAUUCUGUUAGCACUUCCUGGCCUCAAAUCUGAAGCACAGUUCCAAAAUGCAUCUACUUCUGCCCAAACUGCUCGGACUUGUCUGGCUGAAUCUGCAGAACCGAGCUUGGUGUGGACAAAUCCCUGCCUUUUGGAGAAGUUCACUUUAUUCCUGGGAAAGCAAUAGGGUAAGAAAUGGCAGUCUGUUUCAUUGUGCCCUGGGGAUGUAAAUUGGCUAUGAAAUCAAGUGUAUGCUGGCCUGAAACAGUCUGUCAUCACAAGCAAGUUAUCCACUUGGGUUUGGGUAGAAGCAUCUAAUUUCAGGAAGGCUUCUAAAAAAAGCACAGUUUGUUUAAAGCAACAUAUUUUUAAAUGUAUUUAUGUAGCAAAAAUGACUUCAUUGUGGUAUUUUUUAGAUAGGUUUCUGUUUUUCUAAUAGACUUGCAGAACAAGUUUGAAACCCUCCACACCAGAACAACCUGACAGAAAUCUUGUCAGUGUAAUCUUCAUCUGCCGGGUUGGAUUUGAAUGGUGCUAAAAGUCAACGUGAUAAUUUUACAGCAGCAAUGCAACGUAACGUUUUUACUGCCAGCUGAGGAAAAACACACCUCUGGAUGCCUGACCCUGUGAGGAUGUUUGUAGGUGAUUACAGAUCUGCUCCACUGUUGAGCAUUUGUCGCCGAGGUUUUCCAUUGGCGUGCCUGACAAGCAGAGCAAGACCUGGGGUUCCUGGAGGAGAGCAGUGCCUGCUGCUGAACGUUUUGUCCUGUAAUGUGAGGAGAGGGCUGCUGGUACACAGGCCCCUUGGCUACUGGUUACUGCUGCCAGUGCUCCUUUUCCAUAGCAGGAGCAUGUAUUUCUCUGAGGACCAAGUCUUACCUUAGCUCUGGUCAGCGUUGCUUUUGGCUGACGAAUGCUGGAGCAGGGGAGGCAGCAAGGGCUCCGUUCACUUUCUGUGUGUAGAGGCAGAUGUUGGGUGGCAGAUGCUGUGUCACAGGAGGACUUUGGAUAGAGCCUGUAUAAAUGUUGGGACGUUCCAUGAAAUCUUUCCCAAGAGCAGGCAUCCCUGUACACCCAGCAGCCACCUGCUUGCUUCCUUAUUUUGUCUUGCUCCUUGUGUUGCCAGGAUUCAGAAUUUUGCUUCCACUUUCUCAUAAGCUGCAUCCCUCUGACUUUGAAGGCUGAGCCACGUCCUGCCUUCUGUAACACAGAAUUAAUGCUCUGGGCUAGCAGAAAUGGUGUGCAGGCUUUGAUCCAGUAAGCUGAUGGGAGAAAAUGCAAGCAGAUCCUUGCUUGGCGUACCAGCCUCCGAGCACCUGACUCCGAAGAGCAUGAGCUGCCUGCCUGGGAAGUGCCCCAAGCCACUGGGACAAUCAGUCACUGCACAAGUACGUGGGGACGCUUUUCGUGGGAUAUGUGUGUUUUCAGAGACUCUUUCAAGGGAGUUUUGUACCCUGUGCAAACACAUGCUUUGUACAAUAAAUAUAAUUGAUCUAAUUAAGGGAUUCUAGAUCUGACCUGGGCCUUUUACACUUUGUGAAGCCAGAUUAUACUAUAUGGGAGUUUUACUGAGGGACUCAGUUAUAAGUUCAUAUAAUUCAUAGGCAGGUUUUUAGUGUUAUUUUUUUUAAAUGUAUGAACAUAGAUUUGUAUUCAAACAAAAUACAAUAUUUAUACAUAUAUAUAUACACACUUUACCUAGUAAAUUAUAUGUGUUAACUGUUGUUAAAUUGAUGCCCUGUGGUAACCAGCUGUUACUGCAAAGGAAUAAAUUCUUAUCAUGGCAACUGCUAAGAUGCUGUAAAUGUAUGAGUAUUCAAGACAGUCUUAUACAUACCUAUUUAUAAACUCAAGCAAAGUUUUUAUUUGUUUUAGCAAGGUAUUGUGAGUGGUGCAUGGCAGUUGCCUGUCUGUAAUAUAUCAGGUCAAAAGCCUAAACAGCUUAUCUGUGUGCAUUCAGCAAUAUUUCUAAUUAUUGUUAGUCAUUUGAAAUCCCAGUUCUAUUGCUGAAUGUAAAGUUAGCCUGGGGGGGUGGGGAGGGGGAAGAGCACGCACAAGACAUUGAGGAGCUCAGAAAGUUCUGCACUGCAGUAUUUAUGCAUUUUAUUUAUUUAUUUAUCAAACACAGAGAGCUGAGCCCCUGGUUCAAGAAAACAUUUCCCCAUGCUGGCAGAAGAUUUAGGAGCCUAAUUUCGGUGCCCUCCUAAAGCUAAUGCCAAGUUCCCCUGGACCAGGGGCCAAGCAGACUAAGCUAUUUAAAGCAUAAUUCCGUCCUUUUAAGUGGCCACAAGAAGGGGUGAGACCUUCUCAAAUGCUUCUUUUAACUUCUUUUAGUAGAGAAGCUGAGAAAUGCUGAGAGAUCCAAGGAUGCUUCUGCAGCUCAUCUGUAAGAGUAGAAAUAUAUAAAUAAUAAAUACUCCUUGCACUUUUAAUAUUUGUAAUACCCCUGUCCUGAGGUACUGUUUGCAAUAAUCAAAAUUCACAUUUCAAAAGCUGCCCACAAGUAGAUUUUUUUUAUUACUACUUUGUAGAGGUUUUUUUUUGUUCCCCCUUUUCAUUAAGGAAGUAAUCUUCCUUUGGCUUGUUUUGCCAGUUCUUUUUAACAAUAAGUGAUUGGCUCUGGUUAAAUGUGAAGAUCCCCCUAAACCAGGAGUCAUGUGCCAGCAAAUGCUUGGGGGUAGCCAACGUUUAUUGUCCCAGCUUAAUGACAGGGUUGUUCCCAUUUACAGCAGGCAAGGACCUCCCACCUUGAAAUCCUGCAGUAAAAGCCGUCCCACCACUCACAACCACAAUAAUCCCCUAUUUCCACCGCACUGGUUUGGUUUGGGGGGGUCAGCAGAUCUCCAGUGUAGAAGAAUAUAUCACAUCAUCACUAUCAGUGUGGAUGACGUAGGGCUUACUGGGGGAAAACACAACAGCACCAAUGGAGUCCUUUUACAGACCAUGUAUUGGCGGGGACUGGAAGUCUUUCUUUUGCUAGCGUUAAAGACAUGGGGGAGUUAGAGAUCAGGAAAGAAAAAAAUGGAAGAUAAAGGCAGAAUGCACAAAGUACAGCCUCAGUCUUUCAUGAAGGUUUGUAUAAUGUUCAAGUUUUGCAUAGAGUGAGCUCCCAUAUUCUGUCAAGCAUAGAGCUCAGCUGAGUUGUUCAUUCUUGGUUCUCAGAAACAACCUUUUUCUCUCAUGUUUCUCACUGCUGUGUCAGGACCUCUGAGUGUAAUGUGCAUUUCUGUAUCACAGAACUGCUAUGUGAAGUCGCUUACGUGAAGUGAGCGGGCACAUAGAUUGAACCACAACAGGUUUUUGAAAGAAGCCAAAGCAAGAUGUUUGUGUAGUAACUUUGUUCUGAUGGAUUUUUUUUUUUUUAAUGGGUGCCAGAAGCAAAGGACACAAAGUGUGAUUCUGUAAUCAUGCAGCACCAGUGGAGGGCAAAUGCUAGCGUGAAUAGUAUGGCAUCACAAAAAGCUGUCUGUUGUGUCAUUCAGAUAUUGGCAAGUUUCACGGGUCGCAUUUACAUGAAGAUUUGCCUGGAUGCUACUUGAUCUUUGCAACCCUUGGCCUUUGAUCAGGAAAGGUGAGAAGUACUUAGUCCCUUUCUCAGGGAGAAGGGAGAGAGAUGCCUAAGCCAAUGUCUCCGGACUCACCCUGGCUGCACAGGCGUGCAAGUAGCAAUCUGUGUACCUGAGAGCUCACUGGUGUGCAGUGACCUUCGCAGUGCAUUGAAGAUUUAGGGGUAAAUUUUAGUUAGUGUUCCCUUGAGGAACAGUGUGAUUGACUUCACUGUCUCCCCUCGUAAAGCUGAGAAUCCCUACUGUGCAGGCAGUAUGUGUGUGAGAUUACUAACGGAAUGUUACCUUCGUCCUUGCGUCGAAUCUUUGUUUUCCAGACUGAAACCAUACUAGGAAGAUGUUUGUUCGUAAGGGUUUGGGGGACUUUGUUUGAUUUUUUGCUGUCUGUCAAAGUCUUGUGCAACAUGAACCCUCCCGGCAAGGUCUGGCAGUCGUUUGGGUGUUCUCCUUGCUGGUGCAUCCAUUGGAGCUUCAGCCAGUGGGACAUGUGGGAGGGCAGGGGUGGUCCUUCCACUGGUCCCAGACACAGGUGUGUGACAAGCAGCGGAAGGGUCACUCCUGCCGAGCACUCCAGCACGGGCCUGGCAAUCGGAAUUGAGGCACAGGUGAAUCAGGAUUCCACAAAACAAAAGGGUGAGCAGACAGACCUGUUAAUCCUCAAGCGUGCUGCACAAGUUUUAUCCCCUUCGCGUGUUUUAGCCAAGCCCAAACUGUGGCGUGUACGUGGUGCCAAGCCAAAGGCAGCCAAGCUCGGCACCCACGGUCAGCCUGGCAUCACCAAGGCAUGUGGGGGCAGCCCCAGGCCCAGCACUCUGUCCAGGGGGUGUUUAAAUCAUUUCAGGGCCCAGCAGUCAGCUGUUCAAGAUGUGAUAAUUUCACAGAGCUACAGUGGACAAUUUGGGUUUGUGCUGUUGCUGAAGCCUUAGGCUGCUGAAUGUGAUCCCUGCUGUGGCUUGCUCUAAAACAGACACCUGAGACCGUGCCAGUCUGAAUCGUGGGCGUGGUGGGUUCUCUGCCUUGUGGCACAGUCACAGCAUCCAAGCUGCAGGAAACACAGCAAUAAAAGUGUCUGAUAGGAGCACCUUUGGUUCGAGUGGGGAGCAAACGACACGGGGUCCCUUAUCUCUGGGCAAUUCUGUGAUGCUUCUAAUCAUAAGGAAGAAGAUGUAGGUGGAACUGAGUGCAAAUGUACAUAUAAUGUAUGUUCAUUUACAACCAGCCAGAAAGCAAAAUAAGCAGUGGUUUCUAGUAGAAUAAUUCUACUCAAAAUAGCUUUUUAUUAAGUCAGCUUAAAAGUGUUAAAAUGGUGGAGCCACAGACAAAACAUUUGUUACCUUUUGAAAUGAGUUGCAAUGGUUUUGUCAUACUUGUACAAGUGUUAUAAGGUCAGCCUUUCUGUAUGUUUUACAACUUACUGUAGAGUAGUCUUCUAUGCCUAGCUGUUCCACUUGCCUGUGUAAGUUACAAAUCUAACAGAAAUGAAAGCAUGCAUUUUUCUCUGUUUGCUGGUAACCUUGAAAUUAGAAACUUGUAUUUCUGUGUUUUUAAUGUGUUAUAUUAUAAACAAAAUUCACAGCACUAUUGUCUAUGGAAUAUCAAAAAGUUUUAUUAGAAUGAAUUACUUUAAAUGUUUUGUCAAUUGAUUUAAUAAUGUGUCAGACAUCUACACUAAGACAAUAUAAUGUUUAUCAAUAAAAAUAUCCUCUCUUUGUACUAACUUAA